AUGCAGGAAGCGAUUACUUCAUGUCAUCCGCAAAAGCAUGCUUCAGAUGGAUUGUUGACGGAGUCGGGAAAAGUUACUGCUCCGACGCAGGAACCUGUGGACCACUGGUGUUCCGAGGCGUAUAGCACCUCCGCGGCUUUCGUGCCAAAGCUUGCAGAGAAAGUGUUGCAGUAUCUCGAUCCCCAACUGACAGACUGCGUGCUGGAUGUAGGAUGUGGAGACGGUAAAUUCACCGGCAACUACAUUUCGGAUGUGGGGAUGGUGCUAGGAAUCGACGCAUCACCGUCGAUGAUUGGCUCUGCCAAUCAGGAUUAUGGAAGCUCUAGAGCUGAAUUCCGCGUUGUGGAUUGCACACAUCUAGAUAGGGAGCCGUCAAUUAUAUAUAUGCCAAUACGAUUCACCAGCAUUUCUAAUGCGGCACUCCAUUGGAUCCUGAAGGAUGCUUCCUCGCGAAUGUCCGUGCUGGAGGCAAUAUAUUCCUGUCUCAAACCAAAUGGGACAUUUGUGUUCGAAAUGGGAGGCCACGGUAAUGUGCCCGAAGCACACACUGCACUGCUGGCAGCCGUCACGCAUCACGGCGCAACCAUCCAGCAAGCGCGGGCUGCAUGUCCAUGGUUCUUCCCGUCUGAAGCGUGGAUGAGGGCAACCCUGGGGAAGAUUGGAUUUCAUGUGGAGAAGCUGGAAGCCGAAUAUCGACCCACGAAGCUGACCACGCAUGAAAGCGGGGGCAUUGCGGGGUGGGUGAGACUGAUGGGUUCGCCAAUGUUGGAUGUUGUGGAUGCGGAGCGUCGAGAGUCUGCCGUUGAGGAGGUCUGUCAGUUGCUUGAAACUGUGAUCACGAGGGAAGAGGACGGUAGUAAGUGGCUGGGGUACGUUCGUCUCAGAGGCGUUGCUGUGAAGCGAGGAGGGUCUUGA